AUGAAAUUAACCUCGUGUUCGGGAAUUGGCGGUCUGAAUGCUGGCUUCUUUCCAGUCGCGCCAGAGAUUUUUGGUAAGUGCCUCGCUUUGGUCAUCUAUGACCAACUUGGGCGUGGCACGUUUCUGGCAUACAAAGCGAAAGUCGGCAAUCGUUUAUUGCACAAGAAAGGUUCGCGCGCUGACCCAGGCAACUACCGUCCGAUUGCACUGGUGCAAGUCGAAGUGAAAGUGUUGUCGAAGGCGCUAACUUUUCGCCUGCAGCAGUUCUUCGGCAAGUUGAUUUAUCCUGGCCAGAAAGGAUUUGUUCGCGAUCCGUCCAUCUACCACCAUGUUCGCUUCCUCGCAGACCUCCAAGGCUACAUCACCAGUGUUGAUGAGGAGGCGUAUGCACUGUUCUUGGACUUUCAAGAGGCGUUGGAUCGCGUUGACUGGGACUAUAUAUUCCGUUUGCUUGAGCGCAUGAGCUUCGGUGACGGCUUUCUUCGCUGGAUAAAGCUAUUGUGUACGACCCACUCGCGCAUCUGCUGA